AUGUCGACAAAACGUAAAAGUUCACGUUCUAUUAGUUCUCGAUCUGGCUCAACAACUUCUACCAUAACUACAACAUCAACCACAUCUACACCAUCGACAACAACAACAACUACUACAACAAUCACAUCACCGUCAGCAAGUUCUUCUUCUAGCCCUCCAACUUCCUCUACUAGUAGUACUGUACCAAUUGCCUCAACUUCCUCUUCUUCUAGUUCCAGUAAUGGGAGUAGUGGUAAGUUCUCUUCUUCAAGUAGAUUUAAUAAUAAUCCGCUGAGUAGUAGCGCUAAAAGAAUUCAAAAAGAGCUUGCAGAAAUUAGUCUUGAUCCACCAUGUAAUUGCAGUGCAAGUCCAAAAGGAGAUAAUUUAUAUGACUGGGUAUCUACAAUCACAGGACCGGCUGAUUCGCCAUAUGCUGGCGGAAUAUUCUUUCUAGACAUUAAUUUUCCCCAAGAUUAUCCAUUCAAGCCUCCAAAGGUGGUAUUUCGUACACGUAUCUAUCAUUGUAAUAUCAACUCUUCAGGUCAAAUUUGUCUUGAUAUUCUUAAAGACAAUUGGUCGCCUGCUUUAACAAUAUCAAAAGUCUUAUUAUCAAUAUGUUCAUUAUUAACUGACGCAAAUCCAUAUGAUCCUUUGGUUGGAAAUAUAGCGAAUCAAUACUUAUAUGAUC